GGCCACAGACUGCGGUGAAGCUGCAGGUUUAUGUGAGCGAGGCAGACGUCUAUCUGACUCGGUUCAUCCUCAGAUAUGUCAAUUCUGAGGGAGUCACCUCCAGCGGUAAAAUAACAGCCUAUCAGGCCAACCGCAGAGGUUCAGAACAGUCCAAACAAAUCGUCUUUGCGCCGAGUGUGCAGCCGACGUUCGUCAACGUUCCCCAGAACAGCUUUGUGGAGCCGUUCGUGCUGAACCCAGGAAGCUGGACCGUCGUCAUCGAAGCCGAGGGAAUCUUACUGGACUUCCUGGUGUUGCUGCCUAGUGCCUACUAUGAAGCUCCCAUCCUGCAGAUCAGAGUCACUGAGCCCUGCACUUACAGCUCUGAAAACAGCCAGAACUGCCUGCUGUACAAGUUCCUGUCUCUGGACUCUUUCCCGUCCAUCUCCGGAAACGACGCCAGCUGUCGCCAUGACAACCACCUGCCGCGGCCGUGCCCCACCGAGAGGGUCACGCCGCGUCACCCCGACAUGGCCGUCUGCAGCGGGCUGGACAUCAGCAUCGAGCUGCGGGGUCGUCUGGCCUCUCCUGGAGACUACGCGCUGGUGGUCGAAUACUCUAGCGAAGAAGAGCUGCCGCAAACGCUGAGCGUUGCCGUCAACUCGCCUGGAGCGCCAACGCAGCGCCACCUGGUGACGCUGCUGCACUGCAAGUUCAGCUUCCUGUGUCGAGUCGUGGCGGUCGACGACCAGAACCGGGUGGCGGUUUUCUCUCUGGCCACCGACGCCGACGUCCAGCUGUCGUCGGAGCGCGCCUCCUUCUUUCUGCACAAAGUCUACCUGGUGCCCAAAGACGUUUUCACCAUGGAGUUUGUCGAGCCUGGACUCCACUGCAUCGGGACGCACGGACAGUUCUCCCCCGACAGCUCGUCCUGCAUCCCGUCCCGCUUCCAGACGCCGUCGGACUCUGUGGUCCUGAAGGAGGGCCAGAGCUCGUCCACGGAGGACGCUCCGGUCCAGGCGUCCGCCGCCCCGCCGCUGUCCCCCAGCCAGAGGGACGAGCCGGUCUGGAUGGGAGACGUCCGGCCGCCGUUCGGAGCCGACAACAGCGUCCACAUGCGUCUGGACUCGCUGCAGAAUGCAGCGGUGUACUCGACUCGCCUCCAGGCUCUCGGCCGUUACGUCUUCAUCCUCCAUUUUCACCAACCUCUUCAUCCCACAUAUCCCGUCCAGGUUUACAUCAAUGGAGGCGUCAUCUGGCAGGGAUUACGUUCUCUCGUGGUUCCUGAGCGGAGCUACAGCUCCAGCUACCUGAACGAAGAACCUCUGGACAAAUCGUACGACUUCAUCAGCAACUGUGGACAGAACAGCUUCUCUGUGAGUCCCGCAGCCGCCUCGCCGUUCUGCCUCAGCUCGGCGGUGUCGCUGUCGGCGUUCUUCAACAACGGCGCGAUUCCCUGCGCGUGUCACGAGGCCGGAGCCGAGAGCGACGCCUGCGAGCCGUUCGGCGGUCAGUGCCGGUGCCGGCCCAACGUGAUUGGACGGGACUGCUCCAUGUGCGCCACGGGCUUCUGGGGGUUUCCCAACUGCAGGCCCUGUAACUGCGGCCCGCGGCUGUGUGAGCCGUGCGAGCCGCAGACCUUUGGCUGCCACCCGGUGGUGGGGUGUGAGAUCUGCAACUGCUCUCGGCCCGGCAUCGUCUCUCUGGACGUCAGCUGUGACACGGACAGCGGACAGUGCAGAUGCAGGAACAACAUCGUUGGCCGCCAGUGUGACCGCUGCGCGCCCGGUUUCUAUGGUUACCCCAACUGCAGGCCAUGCGACUGCAACGAGGCGGGAACCGAGGAGGAAGUGUGCGACUCCUUCACAGGGCGAUGCCUCUGCAAGAUCAUGGACAUGAAUGGCUGGGUGCUCCUCGGGGCAGACAGGCAGGAAGUACCCGUGACGGUGUAUCCUGACCAGGAUCUCAUGGAGGCUGACCUCAGAGACGUGCCUGAUGUCUACCAGGACCUCCACUGGCACGCACCGAAGGCGUACCUGGGAGACAAGGUUUCGUCUUACGGCGGUUCCCUGCGGUAUCGAAUUCACACCCAGACCAUGAGAGGAGACGCUCUGCCUCUGCCGGCUGAAGCCUCCCGACCCGACAUCAUUCUCAAGGGAAGUUUCCGUCACGCUCGGACUGGCAACCCAGUCUCCCGGGAGGAGUUGAUGAUGGUUUUGGUCAACCUGGAGUCUCUCCAAAUCCGAGCCCUUCACUCUCAGUCGGCCCACUCCGUGUCGCUCCGCGGUGCCGUGUUGGAGGGCGCGGCGGACCUGACCUCAGGUCGCCAUGCAAACAAUGUGGAAAUCUGCAUGUGUCCGGCCAAUUACCGGGGAGACUCUUGUCAGAAAUGUGCUCCAGGUUACUACAGAGACACUAUUGGACUCUUCCUGGGAAAAUGCGUUCCCUGUAACUGUAAUGGACAUUCGGACCAGUGUUUGGAUGGAUCUGGAGUCUGUCUGAGUUGCCAGCACAAUACAGUCGGAGACCACUGUGAGAGCUGCAGGGGAGGCUUCCUCAGCAACAACAGCCUGGACGGACAGGCCGUGUCCUGCUCCAGUUGUCCCUGUCCGCUCAGGGCUCCGUCCAACAACUUUGCAGAGGGCUGCGUGCAGCGGAGUGACAGGAUGCAGUGUCUGUGUAUGCACGGCUAUGCUGGACCGAACUGCGAGAGGUGCGCCCCCGGUUUUCUACGGCAACCCAUGGUUCUGGGCAGCAGGUGUCAGCCAUGCCACUGCAACGGUAACACGGACCCCAACAUGCUGUUUACCGACUGUCACCCCCUGACUGGAGAAUGCCUGAGCUGCAUGCACAACACGGCAGGACCCCACUGCGACCUCUGCGCCCCUGGCUACCACGGAGACGCGAUACACGCCAAAAACUGCACCAUCUUGGCCAAGAGGCAGCAACAAAUACAGCACAAAAAGAAAAUGACUCCUUUUGUGAUGCAGGAUGCAACUGUUCUCCAUGUGGAACCGAAUCCUGCAACCCACAGACGGGUCAGUGUCGCUGUAAGCCCGGGGUCACCGGACCGCUCUGUGACCGCUGCCCAGGACGGGUCGUUCGGCUUCAACUCGUGCUCCGGCUGUCGUCAGUGUGAGUGCGAGGCCUCGGCGGCGCUCGUCCAGCCGUGUAAUCCUCAGAGCGGUCAGUGCGCCUGCCAGCCUGGGGUCAACGGACCGAACUGCAGGCAGUGCGCUCCACUGGGACUACGGACCGGACGGCUGCAAGAGUGGUGGUGCGACUGUAAUGGAGGUCGCUGUGACCCCCGGACCGGUGAGUGCCACUGUCCAGACGGGAUGACGGGAAGACAGUGUGACGCCUGCUUGGAAAGGUACAGCGUCCCUGUGGAGGACCGGCACGGCAUGCACUGCGAAGUGUGUGACAGCUGCGUCAUCGUGCUGCUGGAAGAUCUGGAGAGAUUGGACGGCGACUUCAGCUCCGUGUCGCAGCAGCUGAGGAACCUCAACGCCAGCUCGAUGGCCUGGGGUCAGCUGGUCAGCCUCAACACGUCCAUGCAGGACGUCGCUCGCGCCAUUGAGAGCUACAACAACACGCUGGACGAAAGCAGGAUUCGGGCCGACAUGCUGGACAUGGACAUCGCGACCAUCACAGCUGACAUUGACGACUUGCACAGAAAGUCAGGUGUAAUGACAGGCCGGGUCGGUCUGCUAGAUGACAGCACCUCCCAAACCCACAACAGGGCAGAAGAUCUGCUGAGAUUCAUCAACAACAUCAGCCUGGACAUAAACGCGACGCUGCACAUGGCGAACCAGUCCCAAAACGAAACGGAGGACGAUCAGGAUGUGGAGGGGCAGGAGGCGAAGAUCAGGGAGGUUCAGGCCAUUCUGAGGGAAAUGAGGUUCAGGAGCUGUGUGGGUCAGAAGAAACUGGCAGACAAGGAGAAAAACGAAACAGAGAAAUUAUUGGAUCGUGUCAUCAAGGAGCUGGAAAACCGUCAGCAGGAAAAUGUUAACUUGACGAAGGCCAUCAGGGACCGUUUGCAGCGCUUCACCUCUGAAAUGAUAAACCUGCGAGACGCUCUGAACGAAGCUGUGAACAACACUGCCAGAGCUGCGGAGCUCAACAGCAUCAACGAGAAAACUCUGGAGGAAAACAACAGGAAGAUCGAAGACUUGUUAAUGAAGCAGAAGGAAGUGAACGACACGCUAGAAAUGGCUGUCGCUGAUGUCACACAAGUCAACACUGUGGUUCAAAUGCUGCAGGAGUCAAAAGAGGAAUAUGAACAUCUGGCAGCACAGCUCGAUGGCGCCUGGUCACCUUUGGCAAAGAAGGUGCAAACAUUUGCUGCAACCAACGACUUAAUCCCCUUAGUGGAGAAGGCAGAGAAACACGCUGAGCUGCUCAAUGCCUUAGCCAUGAACUUGACCAGUUUGAUCGCUGAGACCAAGAAGGAUCCGUCUGUGGAUUUAACAAAAGCCUACAACAAUGUUGUCAAUAACAUCACUGCAGCAGAACAUGCUGCGAAAAUGGCUGAGAAGGCUGCAAAUGACACAUUAGAGAAUAUAAAGAACCAGGACCUUGGAAAGUCUGCAAGCGCUCUGAAGAACCACAGCAUAGAACUACAUGGAGAAGUCCAACAGAUGAACGAUGAACUCAACAACACCCUGAAGGGAGAGCUGGAAGAAGCUCAGAAACGGCUGAACUUAGCCAAGGCCAAACAUGAUCAAGCCAUGAAGGAUUUGGCAGAAAUUCAGAAAAGCCUCAAUUCCACCUCAAAUGCGACUCAGGAGAUCAAUGAAGCAAAAACUGUGGCAGGUAAAGCAAACAUCACAGCCACUGACGUCAACAACAUGUUGCUCCCCAUUAAAAAGCAACUGGACCAGUGGCAACAAGCUUACGGUGACACUAACACCACGAGCGAUGACAUCAACAAGGCCCUGAUCAACGCCAGCGAAACGGUUCAAAAGCUGGAAGAAAACAUCCCGACGUUGCUGAAGAAACUUGACGAUCUGCAGAAUUAUUCCGUCCAAAUGCCAAACAUCUCUGAGAACAUCAACCGGAUCAGGCAGCUCAUUCAGGAGGCGCGCAGCACCGUCAACAAGGUGAGCGUGUCCAUGAAGUUCAACGGGAAGUCAGCCGUUCAGGUGCGUACUCCUUCUGACCUGGCGGACCUGGCUGCAUACACCUCCAUGAAGCUGUUCAUCAGCCCAAAGCCACUAACGAAGAGAAAACGUUCCACCUCUGAUUCGAAACCACAGUUUGUCUUCUUCCUCGGCAACAAUAAUUCUGAUAAGGAGUUUUUAGGCCUGGUGUUGGAGGGGAAGAUACUGAGCUGGUAUUUCAAUGUUGGAGAAGAAACUAUAAAGGUGACGUCGUCUCACGAUGCCCGAACUGAUGGAACAUUUAAUGGAGUUUUGUUGGAUAGGAUGCUCCAGUACGGUCAAAUGUCCAUGUCUUAUUUCUUGAAUGAUGACGAAAAGAUCUUCAAGGCAGAAGGGGAGGGCAAAGGUGACAUGGGCCUGCUCAACCUCCAAGCCAACAACACAGUCUUCUAUGUUGGCGGACCCCCAGAUUCUUUCCAGCUUCCCGACCCGUUUAACAAUUCAACUGGAUUUGAGGGCUGCAUUCAACUGGAGUCGCUGAACCAGAAAGUAGUCAGUCUGUAUAACUUUGAAAAAGCCUUCAACCUCAACACUAAAACAGAGAAACCGUGCAGCAGGUCUUCGGUGGAUGACGGGGAAUAUUUCGAUGGAACCGGCUUUGCUGAGAUCAACUUUACUUCCAGUUAUUUACGUCCAGUGAUGGCAAUUGACCAGGACAUCAAACUCCUGUCACACAAAGGAAUACUAGUCUUUCUCAAAAAGGAGGAGAAGUUUUUGUGCCUGGCCGUUCUUCAGGGACAGCUCCGCCUUUAUUAUGAUUUCAACGGUACUUUGAUCGAUCAUCCGCCUGACACCAACGAUUUCAAUCUGCUGAAGAUUAGUGAUGGAGAGUUGAGGCUUUUUAAGCAGCUGUUUUCAGCGCGUAACUCUGUGAAGGCCUGCAUCAAGAACCUGAAGAACACCGGAAAUCAUGUCAACAUGAAGACAGUAAAAGCCUCUGGAGUCAGUUCUGGCUGUAACAGCAACCUGCUGGACGGAAUCUGCCAAGUCUCUUUGCAGAAGGGCAACGUUGUGUUGAGGGUGAACAACUCAGAGGUUAAGACUCAGAAGACGUACAACGACAACAACAGCCACAACGUUGCGUUCUACAUUAGCCGCAGUGGGUUUUAUCUUUUAAUGGACGAUGUAGUGGAGAGGAAUGCCGUUAAGAUGAACACGAAGCCGCCCGCUUACACGGGUCCUGAGGACGUCACCUUCCUGGGAGGAUUACCUCAGCAAACCGCCGACAACCUCACAGGAUGCAUCAGCAAUGUCAUCAUAAAGAGGGGAACCAAAAGAAGCCGUCGAGAUCUCGCAGCCGCAGUACCAGGGAGUCCUGCCAGGGGGAGCUGUCGCACCAGAGCGACGCACUUCAGCGGCUCCGCCCACAGCUACCAGAAAUUUGAUCCAGUGGUCAGAUCCAUUUCUCAUCUGUCGCUGGAGGUGAAGAUCAACUCCUCUGACGGCUGCGUUCUGUACGCAGCCGGCAGGCAGCAUGGCGGAGCGGCCAUGUUGCUCAGCGUCCUCAAAGGUCACCUGAUCCUCUCAGUGGAGUCAGCCAGGAAUAAUGUCAAAGUGCGGAGUUUGAACAAAUACGACGACGAGCGGUGGCACCCGGUUUUCAUUAAGCAUGAAGGGAAUAAAAUCAGUCUGACGGUGGAUGGAAUCAGCAGCCGAGCUAAGAAGAUAGCCGGAGCCGGAAAGAUCCGGAUCAGUGGACCGUUAUUCAUCGGAGGAGUCCCGGCUUCAGUCAAGCCGAAACGUUUUGACGGUUUCAUCGGAUGCGUCAAGGACCUGAAGCUGAACGCAUUUCCUGCAGGAAGCCCAUCGUUCAGCCAGGGGGCGGUUCCGUGCUUCCAGAACCCUCUACAACCUGGAGUCUACUUCUCCAAACAGGGCGGACACCUGAAGAUCGAUGACUCUCUGGUUCUGGGUCGGGACCUAGACAUCCAGCUGGAAGUUCGACCCGCUUCAGACUCUGGGCUGCUGUUGUACGCCGGAACUUCAUCUGACCAAUACCUGAGCUUGUUCCUAAGCCAGGGAGAGGUGACUGUUUUGGUAAUCAGUGGCAAAGGUGAAUUCUCUACCUCGCUAAUGCCUGAAGAGCCUCUGUGUAACAGACGCUGGCACACAAUCAAAGUGGAGAAGAGGAACAACGUUCUGAAGUUGGUUGUGGAUGUCACCGCCAAGCAGAGCGCAGGCCCAAACAGAACCGUUCUGCAGGGACCAAAGCUACCGUGUACCUUGGAGGAGCACCGAGUGAGUGGCGUCACAACGGCCAGCCAUCCUACCGGGUUUCCCGUUUUCCACGGCUGUUUCCGCCAUGUUGGCAUCAACCGUCGCCCCGUGCCGUUGUCUGAGCCGCUGUCUGUUCACGGCGCCGUCGGAACCCGAGGCUGCCCUCACAUGUAG